AUGCACCACGAUGAAGUAGUGGCCUACCCAAACCUCCUGACCCUGCCGAUUGGGAAGUUCGCCAACCGCGUCAUUCGAGGCGCCAUGCAGGCUGAUCGGCUCUUGGACUGCUCGUCUUCCCUCCCAACAUGUCUGCUUUCUGACCCCUCCCACGCGUUGAUGGAUUCCUCCCACAAUUCCGACUUCUCGCCCCUGGCUGAGGCCACAGAUAGUUCUUCCACCGUGACAAACAACAGUCAUGUCCCCUCUUCCUCCGCGCCCCCUUCCCGCACCUACCUCAUUCUUCCAAUCACUGCUUACAAUCGCCUUGCCACCUCCAAACCCGCUCGGAUCCGACGAACGCGGAUGAAGGGCACUGACAGGUUGGUGAUGAAAUUGAAGCAGUUGAUCCAAGGCGAACCCUCUACUGACGAAAAGGCUACCAGUUCUAAUGAUUCCAAUGAUGAACAGCGCUCUGGUGAAACAGCAGCUUGGGUCGCCGAUGUCAGCGAGGGCGUCGCUCGUCCUCGUUAUAAAUACUUUUGGUCCAGGGACUUCCGCAGUGACCCCAACCUCUUUCUCCUCGGCAAACGGGCGGAAGAGGCUGACGCCCGUCCCGACGAAGGCACCAAUCCCUCUAGUGUGACCAACGGUAGUACUGACGAGGACGACCAGCGCCCUAUAAAUACAGAACGUUGGCACCGGCCAAUGCGUUCUUGUCUGCCACCGCAGCGCCUCGAAGUCGUCGAUCGUGAUCUGGAGAAGGCCUUACAACGGGUAAGUUCUGGACAUGCUGUGCACUUGCAAAGUGUUUCUCCUAAGUACAACCUGUCAAGUCAUGUCUGA